AUGAAAUCAAUACCGGUAGACUGGGUUAUUAAAGUUGCUGAUGAUGGUACAAAGGCCUUUUUCCGCUAUCUGAAGGAAACUACACAUGAUACGAAAGAGCUUUUAGCCGCAAUAGCUUUGUCUGAUCCAAAUGACAAGACUCCCCGCACUAUAGUCCACGAAAUUCUAGAGUCCAAGCUUCCAGCCAAAGACAAGAAGUUUGAACGUGUCUUUGACGACGUAGCUACAGUGACAGGAGCUGGUUUUGAGACAAUUGCUAGCGUUCUACGCUUAAUCAUUUUCCGCGUUUUCAACAAUCCUGAAAUCCUCGAUCGACUACGCAAGGAACUUUCGUCUGCCUCGAUCUCUCCUUCUGAUCUGGUCGAAGUAAAGACACUUGAGCAACUCCCAUACUUAUCAUCAAUAUUUAUGGAAGACCCAAUGCAUUUCAAUCCUGAGCGGUGGAUGGAUAUCGAUGUCCGAAGGAAGCACGACAAAACUUAUGCUCCCUUUUCGAGGGGAACGAGGAUUUGUCUCGGCAUGAAUCUCGUAUGGGCUGAGAUGUAUAUGCUUCUUGCCGCUCUUGUUCAACGAUUUGAUUUCCACUUUGAGGGCGUUGCUUCAAAGGACUUUAAAUGUGAGAGUGAUCAGUUCAUCAUUGGGACUAGUGGUAAGGGCGUCUUGAACGCUUUUGUCACUUCUUGUGAAUAA